GAGCGAUCUGGUGAACCGUGAAAAAGAGAUUCAAAAGAUUCCUUUGGUGUUUUCCAUAAUCAGUUUGGAACUUCAAGCCCAGACAAUGAGCCGACUUACUGCUCUUUUUAUUCUUCUUGUUGUUAUUUCGAUUUGCGCGGCUAAGUCGUCGAAAAAGACCGCCAAAAGCAAAUCAAGCAAGGUGAUCCAAAUUCAUAAACACAAAGAUGCGGAACACAAGAAUAACAAGGGGCACAAGGCUAGCACCGCGAAAAAACAUGACUCUGUUAAGAAAGAAAGUAAACAACACAAGUCUGCUGAUAAAGCUACCAACAAAACUUUACCGGCUGAUAAAAGUUCCAAUGCUACCGCUGAUAAUAAGAUUGCCAACAAGACUACUGUAGCAAAGAAUGGAAAUAAAACUCAAGGUAAAUCUUAUCAAGAGUUUUAACAAUGUUAAAAAUAUAAAUAGACGAUUGUUAUGACAGCAGCAGGUACCUACCUGGUUACUUUGCAAAAAUAAAUCACUGUAUUGGAGACUGGCAAUCUGAUCGAGCAAAGAUUUUAGAAAGCGAUUUAGUUUACAUGUUGGAAAAAAUGAUUAGAAUGAGUAGGUAAUAAAAUCAGCCGACGAAGGGCAUUCAAGAUUGGGUUUUUCAUUUCUCCAGCAGAUAAAUACAGGUUUUCACUUAGUCUGAAUAUGUUUAUGAUGUCUAAUGGACGAAAACGUUAUUCUACUGCUGAUCGGCUAUUAAGCUAAAAAUCUUUGGCGGGUGCAAUCUUAGGAAUCAGCGUAAGUUGAAGGCCAGAACUUUGGUCUCUGAUAAAGUGAGAGGGUGUUCAAAAUACUACGACGACGUCUUGGCCAAAAUAAACUGAUACAUCAGCUGACCGAAAAGUCUCAUAAAACUCCUCAGUGAACUUGCUUUAUAUGGCUGAAGGAGUUUUUGUUGUUUUUUUUUGUUGCUAGUGCAAUUUUUGCAGUUUAUAUAAUUAUUGUCGGGAAUACAGUCAAUGUCUAGGAACAGGAAAGGGUCAAGAUAGAAACUCGUCGCUUAUCUUACAUUAUUUAUGAAAAAGGGAAAACAGAAGAGUUUUCCUGUAGGUCGAUAGCUGUAACAUCCAUAGUAGCGUUGUUAUCAAUAUUCGAGUGUCAUGGAACAACUAGACAUUACCGUGAGCACAAUAUACAGACAUAUGUAUGUUUGUUUCUUACUUUGCAAUAUUGACAGAAGUAUAUAAUUAUAAACUGACAGUUGUCCAUGCCAUAAUAAGCGCCAUAGCAAAUAUCAUGUAGAAGUUAACAGUUAAUUAUCAUCUUCCGAGUUUGGGUCAGGGACAUUUCUCUGAAAUAAGUUUCCGAUAAAUAUCCUCUUUGUUUCACAAUGCAAGACGAGAGGUCACCGACGUGCGUCUCGUUUAGUCACAUCGGCACAGAACUUUUCUUCUAAGUUAAGGUGAUGGAUGUUACACGGGACGAUUCGCAACGACGAUUUUUAGCACAACAAUGUUGUAACCAUUCGGCGAAACAAUGUCGCAACAAUUGUGACGUUGUAUUUCGCUUAAGUGUCAUUGCGAAUCAUCAGUCGCGUAACCAUCACCUUUAAGCAUUUUCACAUCAGUUACCAAUUAGCAGUUCUUGACAGAUUUCUGCAGUGGUAAUUAUACACUAGUCAUCAAGUUUACAAGGAGUAAACUUUAUAAAACGUCUUUAACUAGCAAAACUAAUCUUUUCUUAAAUACUCUUUCUUACCCCUGGCAUAUCUAAUAUGAUCCUUCUAUAAAGAGAUCUCAAACUGCAACAUGCCAAUAGUAACUGCACUAGUAGAGGAGACUGAAAUGUCUCAACGUAUAAUUGAGCGGGCCACCAUGCAUGUAUUUGUCAAAAAUGUAAGUUUAAUCUGUUUACCCACUAAAACUAGAAGGGAGAAAACCUGAGCAUCGGAGGAAAAUCUCUCGGAAACUCAAUGCUGAAUUGAACUCUGGUUGCAAUAAUCAGAGGCAAGUGCAUGCCUCGUUACCACCUUUACUUGUCCUAUGCUGGACUUUCCCAUACAUAGCAAUGUAGCUAGCCGUAUAUAGUAGUUUUAGAGCGGAGAAAUAGUGAGCAUCUUGGUGAACAAUGUAUAUUUAUCUUACUACUAGAAAAAAUAAGUAACGCGUACGGUGAUCUAGUAAGUGAAUUAUCACUGUAAGUUAGGGUUGAUGAUAUAUCAUUACAGGGAUAUUCAAAGGAAUUAUUACUAUGGCCAAAUGCAAAAGCCAACCUUUCUUAUUACAUUGUAGCAUUAAGCUAACCUUGGUUAUAACGGUUUUUGCAUCCGCAUUUCUCUUCACAGCAAUUUUAGCUCAGGGCACACCAUCUGAUUGUCAAAGUAUCGUGGAAGACUACUCCAAAGGGAAGCUUCUCAUGUAUGAGUACAAAAUCCAGAUGAAACGCUGCAUGAAUAAAGCAAAGGAAGGAGGUAAAUCAAUUACACAGUCAAGCGAAUGAUAAUGAUUUAACAUCGUUUGAAUAAAAUUAACUAACCCACUAACAACUAACCAACAUAACUGACCCUAAUAAUAGCUAGCAUGGCCGACGCAAAAUCAGCGCUGUUGCGUCCAGACGACAGCUCUAUAGAAGAGGACUCUGAUCAGGCCGUUAAUGUCAGGCCAUACAAUGAACACGUGACAGACGAGGAGAAUGAUAAUAACCAUGACGAGUUUCACGAGAAUGAUAAUGAUAACGAUUACAAUGAUGAUGAUGAUGAUGAUGACGAAGACCCUGAAGAAAAACCAGGUGUGAUUGGAUAUUAAACGGUUAUGAAAAAUGUAACUCAUUUGCAAAUUAUGCAUGAAACGUGCUAAAACAAUCAUUACAUUAACGGAAGAGGAAAUGGGAUUGUUUGGGAACAAAGGAAAAAUUUGGAAGUAGAAUUAAAAAGGGUGUGAAAAUAAAUCAGUAUAUUAUUAAUAAAUAAAUUGGAAUAUCAUGGAUAACAGGAAGAGUUAACUUGGAUUUCAGUCUACAGCUUUUUAUGUGAGCGAAAACUCCAAAAAUGCUGUUUUUAUCAAGAAUUAACCUGUAACAGCAACACCAACAGCAAUAAUAACAAUAAUAAUAAUAAUAAUAAUAAUAAUAAUGAUAAUAAUAAUCUCGGUUAAUCAGGCGAAGACAAUUCCAUGUUAUGUGUUGAACUUAUGACAACAUUGAUUUCCUCUUUGCGGAUACAACUGGUUUUUCGUCAAAACUCUUAUUAUGACGUAAUACCAAAACAGGUUAGGUGAGAUAUACCUCCAGCAUCCGAUCAACCAAAUUUGGUGACAUAUUUUUAAUGAAUUUCUCAAUCAAGUACAGCGUUUUAAAUUUGAAGCUUUCCUUUAGUGCCUAGUCAAGCAAAAAUCUAACGGUCUCGCUUCAGAAAAUGCAUCCCUUCACAUUAGCUCACAUUUGCCUGGGUAUUGUUAGCAUUUUAAGUGGGUCUAACCUCAGGAAAACCAACAAAGUACAAACUAGUUUCAAAAAAGAUCGACAAAAGAUCGGAGCUCCUAGUCAAUGAUAAUAACAAUAAAAUCUCGAAUACCUUAGUAAAAAAGUUAGUCAAGAAACCUUAUAUAAAGACUGAAAUAUAGACAUCAAAGAUAGACAUCUAUGCAGCCGGAGCGUAUGGGCAAAUUUUGGCAUCGGGUUCUGGUUUAGCACUCAGCCGAAAGACAAAACGGAAAAGGAUAUGCCAGUGGUUAAGUCAAGGCGAGAUAAGCCCCUUUCUACUUUUUUACUCAUCCCCUGUAGGUGGGGAACUUUCAUAUCUUAAAAAGUAAUUGGACGAAAUUUAUUUCCCAUGCUAAGCUUAUUUAUGCGUUUUCAAGUAUUUAGUGUUUAGACGAGCAAGGAAUAUAUUGAUUAACUUACCCUCGUUCUUGAACAUCUUAGGUAGUUUACUGAUAGAGCAGGUCAGACGAAUUUUGAACUGAUUAUUAAUAUAUUUUUACUUCCUUUAUUAUCCGCUAUAGAGAAAAAGAUGGAGGUUCCAGGGCUUAUGAGUUAUCAGUCUCUUAAUGCGCCUAUGAUGAAUUACAACAUGGUUCCUCAACAGCAGGCGGCGCCGGUACCAGAACUGCAAACCGCUAACUUCUACCCCACCAUGGGUAAAAAUCAAACUUUUCUUUUAAUUAAUUUACUUUCAUCAAAAACUUUCUUGAAAUGUGACGAAUUAUAGGUUUUCCCAUCAUGAAUUAUGUAAUGUACUCAUUUGUGAGCUGCCCUAAAUCCGCGAUCACUAUAGCAGGCAGAAAACGCAUGAUAUAACUCACUUACCUUGCGAAAAAUAUAACCAGAACUUUCCAAGUAUCUAGAAAAAAAAAUAGUUGGAAGUUAAGUGUGGGAGUUUGAUUUAAGAUCUGACGCUCUACAGGCAAGGCCCCCAGAUUACUAAAACAUAAUGAAACAUUCACAUUCAUGAAUUAUCUACAAUAGUCGUUCAUCGGCCUUGCCAGCAAACAAUCCGAGAGAGCUUGCUCAGAAACUAUUUAUCGGUUAUAAUUAAGGCGCAGUUUAUUCAGUAUCGCCAGAUAUCAGUGCUAAUGAUCUGUGUUGUUUUCCAGUUGACACUUGAUUGUUUUCACUGGUGCAUUUGAGGGUUCUGUAGGUUGGUUGCAGAGGGGGAAGGAAGUCAAGGGAAGAAAGGGAAAAAAACUAAUGUCCCUCCGGGGUCCCUGGGUCAUGAUUCACCUCAGGUCUUAGCUGUAGGAUUCACGUUAACACAGAAGCUAUGCAUGUAGUUAAUUAGUUUCACAUCGUGAUUUCUAGACCAAGCCCAGUCACUCAACACAGCCGUACCACAGCAAAACCAGGAAGCAUUUGCUCCCAGUGCUAUAAACCAAUACCAGGCGAAUCCUGCUCCUCUUCAAUCAACUGUCCCAAAUAUGGCCAUGAAUCUUGCUGUAGCUAAGAGCAACAUACCAGGAAAUACACAGGUCAGUUUUAUCAUUACUUGAGUUUACAUCGGUAGGCCACCACGUGGCAGACGCUUUCCGGCGUGGCUGAGUACAUGGUUGUGACUGCAUUUGUUCAGUAGUCCAGGAUUCAACUCUUUGACCAUGUUAAUUUAUCAAUUUUGUUCUCGGUCAUGUCGCUCCUUGCAAAUAUGUCGCAAAAAUGUAAAAAAUGAAGAGUAAAUAUGGGACAAAGAUGGUAGAUGCUCAUUUGAUCACAUUUGCGUACUGAAACACAGGGGCUGUAAAUAACUAGAAAAAUGUUGCAUUUAACAUCUUUUCCCCAGCUUUACCCCUUAGGUUUUUCAGUGUGACAUAUUUGCCAGGAGCAAAUUUUUCCAAAUCCAUUUUUUGGCCCAGUGUUGCCCUCUGUAUGCUAUCUUCAACUUUAGUUUUCAAAACCAUGAAUAAAGCCAGGAGCCCAAAAGCACCAUCACUAAAACUGUUUUACAAAACCCUCCCCAUAUCUCUCACCCUUAUUUUUGUCUUUAACAAUCUUUUUCCGGCCACAGAACACUGCCUCCCAAGCAAAUGCAGUUUUCGACCAGUGGCGAGCUAGUAGCUUUGGUGCCACAACUGCUGAAAAAAAAGAUCAAACGCCUAAUGCACCUGCCGUGCCCGUUAAUGAUCCAUUUGCUGAAUUUAUGAAGAUGCAGUCUACCAGCAGCAACAGCCUUGAAGCAAUGCCUGCAAGCCAGCAAGCAGCUAUGCCAGCGGCAGUAGAGCAAAGAAGCAACAUUCCACAACAACCCGCAAGUAUGUCAGUUCCUAUGCAGCCCCAGAUCACCAACGCGGUCCCAAGUCAAAGCCAGGCCUUUUACGUGCAACCACAAGAAAAUGAAGACUUCCCUAAAAAUCCUUGAAAAUUUGAGUGUAAAGUGUUUCAGUGACGUGUUUUCGGAAACACUUUUUUGGGCAUUAUAGCAUCCCACUAUGUGGAGUGCGCUAUGUAUGAUAUCAGGAUUUUCUCAUUGGAGAGAAGCUUAAACAUCAUUCAGCUUUCUUUUAGCUUAACUUAACAGGGCCUCUACUCGGAAUCAGUUUCCCGCUCUGUCGUCUGACAGUUUGAUCAGUAAGACUAAUGUCUUUUAACUUCUGCUGUCAAAUAAAGGUGUUGUAUUUCUAACACAGCGUCCUGGAGUCAUGUAACUAAAGCUUCCUAGGACAUUACAAAAAUUGAACUUCCAAAUUUUGUUAAAAAUUUAAAUCAUUCUCAGGACUGAACCAAAAAUUGUGCCUGUACUUCAAUACCCCCCAACUUCGUUCCCAGGAAUUUUCGGUAACGGGGUUCCCGCCUAAGCUACCCCCGCAUUUGACUCCUUUGCCGUCCCCGGGGGGGGAUUCAAAUCAAAUUCUUCUGGGGGAGAGGAAUUUGAGACCAAUGCAUAGUAAGGGGUUGGGAUUUUGAGCCGUUGCCACUAUUUCUUGUGACACGCGCUGUUGAACAUAUAAGCUACACUGGACAGUUAACAAUGUUUGCGGUAUAUUUGAAGGUACCUUUAAAAUGUCUUUUUUUAUGAUUCUUAGUUUGAACAUUGAAAAUUGAAAGUUGUGUCUAUAAUAGAUACAAUACAGUUCAUUUGCUUUCAAAAUUAUUAGAGGUCAAAUGAUGUCUGAUCGCGAAAAUUGUCCACGAAAAUUCUAAAAUGCCCGCGGUGCAUCAUCGGAACUGAUGCUGAGGGUCUCAUAAUCUAUAGACUACGAGUAGUCGCCCAUUUUUCCUCAGGGAUAGUAGAGCGAGCAAAACGCGUGCGCGCGUGAAAAUCAACCCACGCGAGAAAAGGCGACACGCAGCGGGAGACAAAACGUGUCGCCUUUUCUGGCGUGGGUUGAUUUCCACGGGCGUUCGCGUUUGGCUCGCUCUACUAUCCCUGAGGAAAAAUGGGGGACUACUCGUAGUCUACAUAAUCUAUAAAUUCAGCCGCUUUCUACGAUAGUUUUGUUCAUAUUAUACAUGGCCACAGUGCUUUCUCAGUAAGGUUUGAUUGUAUUUGAUGCCAUUAAUUUGCCGUAUUUAUAAAGUUUUUGUUCAACAACCGUCAGCGCUGAACCGUGUGAAACUUGAGAUACUAUGCAGCGGUCAGUUACAGACACCUUAGCGCUCUCUCGUUGUUCAUUGAAACCUGUCCGAUAGACUUGCUUCAAGAGUACUGGAAGAAGAGUAAUAUGGACACUCUUUAAUUUCCUCAGGGGUGGAGACAUAUGACCAGCUACCGUAAAAUAGACAAAUUCAAAUGCCCGGGGGGCUGCUUGGAGGGAUAUUUCGAUCGAUGACCGGUGGGAGUUUGUUUUUUGUCUUUGGCUUUGAAGGCUAUUUUGUCGAAGAUGGGGUAGAACUACACGGCAAUUUUGGUCCCGAUUAGUAAAUUUUUUUGCCGAAAAAAUAAGAAACAACAAAAUCAACCCGCUUAUGGCUACUGAACUCACUUUUUCGUAUAAAAUCCUGUUUUAUCUUAGCGUGCGUAGCUGGCGGGAUUAGCCGGCGAUCGGUGCUGUUAAGCAUCAGGCGAACAUACGAAAAUCUCAAGGGAAGUUUGGGUAGAGGCCGGCAAACCCCGACCCUAUUUAAGACGAAAACUUCUCAUUUCGCUACCCUGUUUAAGACAGGAGACACUACUUUCCGACCCUGAUUUGCUUCGAUUUGCAUACAGAAUUUAGUAAUUUUUCGCAUUAAAAUCGUGGAAAUAGAUAUUUAGGAAAAAAAUUAUCGCUAUUGCAAAUGUAGACCCCUCAUCGCAAGUCUUCAGACUCUUUGAAAGGCUUCUAGUCCAAAAAGACAUCCCGUUCAAGACGCUCAAUAGUGAAAUUGUAUACCCUGUUUUUAAAAGACUCAACACCCUGAAAACCAUAGCCUGUUCAGCGGCACAUACCCGUAUACAUGGGCCAAAUAAGGGAGUACCCGCCGCCCCCCACCCCCCGGGCAGUAAAGAUCAAUUUGCCGUUUCAUAUUUUUCUACAAGUCUACAACUGGGUCAUUGGUUUGUUCCUGUGGACUAGACUUGCUACAAGUCGACCUCUUGGCGAGGGGAGCGAGCCUUGUUUGGCCGCGAAGCGGCCAACCGCGAGCAACGAAGUCGCGAGAGGUCCAAAGAAGGACUUUUGGAAAGUCGACCUGUGGACUUGCUCAUAUUUUUACUAUUUCGUAUUGCAUCACGGGAUAGCGUCAAAAUGCCUGAACCAGUUUGACGAGAAUUGUAUUGACCAAUCAGAAAGCUUCUUACCGCAAAGUGCUCGGCACAUGCUCGAUUGUCGGCGUCUGGUGAAGAAGGAAGACAUUUUGGAAGAGACAACUGGUUGAUCUGUUACAUCGUCGUUUUCGAAUUCGGUAUGACUGGAGGUUAUAGCGGGAGAAAACUGUUUGUCGGUGGGCUCCCUCCAAAGGUCGACGACAAGGCUCUGCAUGAUGUAUUUUCUCGUUUCUGGCACAUUGAGGAAGGUUUGUAUUCGAUAGGUUAGAUCAGCACUUCGAUCAAUAAUUACAUGUAAUAGCCUGGAAACUAUUUAUUUCCCUAUUGCGUAAAAAAGCAAGCUUAUAGAAAAUACGAUUGCCGUUUUCUCUGAUUGUAUAUAUUGGUCUGGGCUAUCUAGUUACACUUGCAAAAGAUAUAAUUGCGACGUGUCGCUCGAAUGAAUUUGGCUUCCUUGUCAUGAUCACGUGGGCGCUUGCAGUUUUUAGUACACUAGACUUUAUUGCUUUUUGCUUAAACUAUAUACCUGUAUUGCAGACGAAAUAUGUAUAUCAGUGACUUGAAUUUCUAGUUUAAUUUGCAAGAAAUCACAUAAUAUAACUGAAUAUGAGCUUAUAUGUCAGUUGUCACAAUCUACAGUACCGUUCAAAAGUAAGUUGGCAGCAUUGCCAGAAAUUAGGGACAAGAUGGCGCUUGCGCGUGCGCACCAAGGCCAUAAUGGCUGUGAAUUCGUACAAGAAAAUGUAUGGAGAUAAGGAAACUUGUUCAAAUAUAUUGAUUAUGAGCUUACGGGUCUUCGGUGCACGACUCGAAACAUGUUGAGUGCUGUGUAACCUUCGCAUCUGGGUUAAAAAUGGCUAAUUAGAAGUAGGUUUACUUACUUCCCGAAGUGGCCACUUUUAUCUCUCAUUGUAUGCUCCAUUUCUCCAUACAUUGUCUUAAAAUCUUGCCGAAGUCAUGUGAAAUACUCGUCGAUUAGAGGAUAAACCCUUCAAUGAAGUAAAUUUGCACGACUCUAUAUCACUUCUGCGAUGUAAGAUGUUUCCUAAACAGUCAUAAAAAGGACGAUUUUGGCACUGCAAAAUACUUCCAAAGGCGCAUUAUUUCCCUCAGUUUUCCAUCUGUAGUCCAGUAUUGGACGCCAUAGUUGCGAAUGACACAUUUCGGUUGGACAAAGCUUUGCAACUCCAAACCUCACCGAAUCGCCAUUUUGUUUGUUGCUACAACUCCAGAGAUGCUUCACGGGAUAUAAACUAGGUUCCAGGCAUUCAAAAAUCCUCGAUUAGCCUACCAGGCUUGGUUUUAAAACAAAAUUGUCACGAAAAUGUCACGAAAGGUACAUCCUCGUACUGUUUUCAGGGUUGUCAUUAAGAGCCGGGGGCCGGGGAUUUUCCCCGGCUACUAAGAGAGUGGCCCCCGGCUUCUUUUAUUGGAAAAUGGAGAGAAAAUAGAAGCAAAAGAAAUCCCUAGCCGUUUGAUUCCCCGCCUACUUGUUGUAUUUACCCGGCAACUUGAAAUCUUAGUGACAACCCUGUGUUUUGUUGCUAUCAGCCGCUCGGCCGAGUAUAAACCUAACAUUUUCUUGCAAGGUGUUUUAUUCCAGCUUUUUUCUUUGUAAAACAGAUCCACAGAGGUCAAAUUAUUUAGAAAAUCACAGGGGAUACGCUUUCCCUGACUGCGAUCGUUUUUGUCCGUCAUUUUGAAAAUAAGAUUCCGCUGACAAUUAAUCAUGGGUGCGAAAUGUCCACGAUUUCUGGCAAUGCUGUUGCGAGUCUCAAUUCUCGACUCGAUUUGCACUUCUCGAUUCCCGCGAGAAUCGAGAACAAGCUAUCGAGAAUCGAGUCGAGGAUCGAGUCUUGCUGUACAGAAAACGAUAGAUUCAUCAAUCACUGAUUUCUCAAUAAUUUUACAAAGACCUAAAGCUGUAACACAACACGGCAUGGUUAUAUUCGGACAAGCGACUGUGCACGUGUGGUUGAAACAAGACCAAUUCAAGUCAUAAAGGGAAUGUUUCUUUCAAGGACAUCUGUAUCAAGCUUCAUUUCCUCAAGUAAAGUUUCAAAUGCCUUCUCCAAAUGCAAACAAACAGUGUUUACUCGUUUGCAAGUAACAGCAUGUUUAUUUUGUAACGUGAAACGAUUCUAGGCUUAUCCGGCUGCUUGGCUUGAUAAGCUAGAUAGAUCAGCUGGAACAUACACAUCCAUCCAUAACAUGACUAAUCUCUGAAACUGCGUUCGUGAUUCUCGAAAACUUUCGAGAAACAAUGGUUCUAAUUCUAGUAGGAAAUUUGCGCGUUCUUUAAAGUUUGAGGUCUGUGAGAUAAUUUCUCUUAAAAUUGGGCUUGUUUCUUCCGUGAUGGAACAUGAUACUGGUGAACUUUUUUGUUGCCUAGCACGUGACUGCAACUACCGUGAUGAAAAAUUGUGUGAUGUUAAUUUCAAAAGCGGACUUAGUUGCACAAGACAAAAUAUUGUUUUCAAAGCUCUUGGAUGUUUUAGAAGUUUUCUGAAACUUUACAUGUAUAUUCAAAUUGAAGCUUUUAUGUACGCAAUCACUUCUCAUAAAAAGCAACGGGCGAAAUAUCAAACGGAGAUGCUCUCGCGUAUCACAUAAACAGCAAUUCUAGUCAAGAGGUCAAAUUACAAGUGAAGUUUCCAGCGAAAAAACCCCCCCAAACUGUAGACACCGACAAUCAGACAUUCAACUGCAAUAAUGCCGAUGGACAUUCACAAACAGGCAAUCGAAAAAAUAUUGGCAGGUAAAAUUCGAAAGCAAUGAGAAGCCCUUUUGAGACUUUUUUUACACACUGUCAUGUAUUUGUCAUUUAUUUACACAAGCUGCCUUUUACAUGUAUUUGGAUUUUACAGAUAAAAAGUCAUAAAUGGGUUUUCAAGUUCAACUAUUACUGACAAUUUCUGCUAUUUUUUAAAUGAUGCAAAAUGCCGUUUGAACAUUAUUUUUUUAAGAUUUCGACACUAAGUGUCAUCCAAGCCGUGCGAGCGAAUGCAAAUGUCAACUGCUACUGUUUUGCAUACAUGUAGUUCAGGAAUUUCUUGCAAGAAUCAAAUGCUGAGUAGAGUUUGUUGUUUUUUGGAGUAGAUAGACUUUUUUGAUGUGAGAGAAGUUAGAAGAUGCUCAAAACUUGUACAUUAGGUUGUAGAUUCUCACAGCAAUUGAGUAUCGAGAGUAGAGAGCAAAUUACUCGAAACAAAAUCUUUUUAAUCAAUUAUAAACAGAGAGGCCGCUCUGGUUUGAUAAGUCUAGUAGGAAUCGAGAAGCGUGACUCGAUUCUCGAUUCUCGUGAGGAAUGAGAAUCGAGUGUCAACUUACUUUUGAAUGGUACUGUAUUAACAUUUACUGGCAGGAAGGUGUCAUAAGUGUUUGAAUAAAAAAUAGAAUGCACAAUGACGUCAAUUUACUAGUAUGAGCAGAAUCCUUUUCGUUUUGCCUUUCAUAUUUAAAUUUGGUAAUCCCAGCGAACUUUGAAUGACAAAAGCCCUAAUUUUCGCUCAAGAAAGCAAAACCCUAAAGGAUUCUGGUCUCAGUAGUCAUCAUGCAAAUAACCUAUUGAAACUGGUCUUGCUCUUGCUAGAAUAAUUGGUAGGACCCUGGUAACUCAAACUUGGAUAAGUCGAACCCUCUGCUAAGUUACAUGUACAGUGCAUACCAGAACUAAGCGAACAAUGGAGAUGCGAAACUGAUGCAGUGGAUGCGUCAGCUUGGACAAAAGUACAUGUCAUCGCUGAUGAGCAUCUGCAUCAGCUCAGGGGCACCAGGAAGGAAAAGAUUCUUCUUCUGUUAUUCCCUGUGACAGCUUUGCUCUUUAAGGCAUUGUUGUAAAAAAUCAAAGCAAAUUCUUGGGUGUUAAGAAGCUCGAUAGUUGUUCAUUCUAAGGAACUUUUCAUGCGGGAUUCUGACCGUGAUUGAUCGAAUUGAAUUGGGCAACUUGCAAGGUUGUGUUUGCAAAAUCGCUCAGCAUCGUACUUUUAUAUGUAACUGUAAUUCUAGGUUUGUACCCUGAAGAAAUACCAGCCGUUUUUUGAUGAACUGAAAGCCUGUGCCUGCAUUUUAACAAUGACAAAAUCGGCACAAAAUGAGAUAAAUUUGCAGGGGAGAAUCAAAAAGUCACAUGCUUGGCUUGUUCAUCGAUGUUCAUCCAAUGUUCAUCUGAAACCAGCAACUCAAACUGAUGAUCAUGCACAGAACUGAUGCAAUGAAACAGAAAAUAUUCUAUGUUUGUCUCCUUAAACAAACAAAAUCAACUUCUGUAAUUUAUGUUUCAGGUUUAGACUGUUUAAAUUCAUUUCUGAAGUAACUGAAUAUGUUUUGAGCGUCUCUGAGAUCUCUGAGACUGUAUGAGCAGUUAAAAUCAAAUGCAAAUCUUAUCUCCAUUGUAAUCAAAAUUUAUGUGCAUCAGGUUUUUACACUUUUAAGUGUAUUUUGUUAGGAUACUGCAGGGAAGUGUCUUGACGCCAAAUGACAGUUUUACAGUUCAUUUGCGCGGUGUGUUAUAAGAAAAAUUUUAGCCUGUACCGAUCCAUCAGUUUGAUUCUUGUAGGCUUUUUAACAACUGUACACAUUACGUGUCUAUUAACAAGGAGAUAGCUCAUACAUACUAAUGAGUCUUGAUGUGCACUGACCUAGUUCAGAGAAGACAUGAAUGCUUGUCAGCUCACCUGAUGCGUGGACACAUCCAGCCUGACGCAAUCGACUUGUAUUUCCCGAUGCUUAUUAUGCGUACCGGUAUAUCAAUAAUUUACAUGGAAAAUUGAAUAUUUACUUGAAUAAUUUGAACCCCAACUAACCCAAACUGUUUUUCACCUCCCUUUCGACUUUGAGUUGCCAAGGUUCAAUAUUCACAGAUGGCAUGGGGGCUCACCCUGUACAAAAUGUGUCCUGACUACGAUUGUUAUAGCAAGGAGCCCAAAAGUGUGAUGUCCUUUAAUUAACUGACAUUCUUCCGUUCAGACGUUGACCAAUCAGAAGUCGAGGACAGUUUCCAGUUGGCUUCUGAUUGGAUUAAAUCUACACAAAAGAAUGUGAAUAAAUCAAAAACGGUCGAACUUUUGUCCUCCUUGCUGUGAGUGGUUGUUGGUGACUGGAGAAUUGGAUGGGAAAUCUAGCAGUUUGUUAGAAGUCAUUUGGGAUUGUUUCACAAUCAUUCGCCCCUUCUGUUUUAAGUGGAACUGAGUUUGAAUUUUUUUGUUGACUUGGGAAAAUUUUCAUUAAUUUUUUCAGCAAUAAUUGUUACAGACCGUGAGACUCGAAAAAGUCGCGGCUUUGGCUAUGUGACCUUUACAAAUGAAGUUGAUGCUAAAGAGGCAAUGUCGUCAAUGGCAGGAGAGCGCGGCAAGGUACCUGUAAUUGACCAUGUACAAUUACAAUAGUAAAUUAUUAGCGAAAUGGUGAUAGGGUUGUCACUUGUUGUUAUACUUUUGCUGCACGGUAGGAAUACAUUGUAGUCAAGUCAUGUACAUGUAGCAGUACAAUAAUCAUUUACAUGUACAUGUACCUUGGAAUUCCGGUUUGUGCUUUAGUAGAGCUUGGUGGUCCCUGGUGAAUACUUUUGCCUUUGGGUGAGCAAGUAAUAUGUUAACACGAAACGUUUGUGCUGGGCACCCCCUUGUAGAGGAAGUAAAUUCUCCUUUGAGAGCACAACCUUAGAAUUAAAAUGAUAACAAUUUGAAAUCUUUUAAAAAAUGUUGUUGAUGGCAGAAGAAAAGACAGCAUUCCUUGGAAAUUUGAAUAAGAGCAAACAAAUAAAGCAAAGAAGUUGACUUUCUUCAAAAGAUUUAUUACCAGGAGCCAUUUUGAAGAAAAUGUGAAAGUUUGAAUGACUGGUUUAACUGACACAAAAAAAUUUGGAAAUAAUUUCCAAACAAUUAUUGUUCAAGCCGUAUUGACAAAAAUGAUUUUGUCAAUCAUGUUGCAAUGAUUUUGCCAAGAUUAUACUUUGUUUUACACGGCAGUACACUUUAGAGGUGACCUGAGAGAAUGUUCUGCAGUAUAAUCAAGCAUUUAAGAAACUGUAGAUAAAAAUCCUGUAAGCUGAAGUUUAGCCAAAAAAUAUCAUUGUCUGCAUGAGAACCACCCUCUUUUACACUAAAGUACCCCUUGGCCUGUUGCUGAAAAUCAGGAGUUUAUAUACAUGUACAGUGUAUGCAGGUUACAACUGUAGUUGUAACAGAAUGAUUUUUAGUUGUUUGAUAAUUGUGUGUUUGGGUAACAACGAUAAGGUUUUACCUAUGGUUUUUCCUUUGUCUCAAACUGUGUUGUGUCUCAUUCUCAAGAAAUUCUUUGAUCAUGAAAUGACCCUGGAGUAUGCAAAGGACAAGCCAUCCAGUUCACCAAGAGGUGGAGGCAGAGGAGGACGAGGUGGUUUUAGAGGAGGCUUUUCAGACCGAGGGCGUGGCCCUCCCCGUGGGCCACCCUUCCGAGGACCUCCUCCUGGGCGUGGUCCUCCAAGCAGGUCUGGAUACUAUUGAUUCACCUGUUUGUUUAAUCAGGCAAAUAAACUACAACUUGUAUCAUAAUACUGUAUACAGUACAAGGGUACUGCUUUUGGGUGUUACACCACCAUCUGAGAAAACUGACAAGAAAAUAGUCUAAGUCAGAAAAUAUCUUAAAUUGAGUUGGCUUCAUGAAUACGUCCCUCUUUAAUUAAGACUCUUUCAAAGGUCAUACACUGUACCUAGUUGGCUGCUUAAUAGAGGCUGACUCCUUAGCAGAACCAUUCCAAAAUCUAUCAUGUACAGCUGUAGUACAGCAAGAAUCCUCUAAAUAGAGGUGUGACAUUGUUUUCCCAGAUUGUGUGUGAUUGUAUUCUGGCUUCAUGAACAACCUAGUACAGUGCACUGUGCAUGUAGUUUACUUCCUUCUGAUAUACAGUUCUUCGGCACGAAAAUGCACAAUUACAGUUUUAACCAUACUGCAAUAUUAUUUGUCUCUGUAUGAAGGUCUUGUGACUCUAUUGACUUGUUGUAUUAUGUAUCAUUAUUGUUACUUUUCAGGCCAAGAGAUGGUCCCCCACCCCCUCGUGGCAGAGACAUGCCUCCUCCAAGGGACAUGCCACCUCCCAGGGAUAUGCCACCUCCCAGUCGAGGUCCACCUAGGGGCCCCCCUGUAGAGCCACGAAGAGGACCCCCACCCCCUGACAGGUGAUCUGAAAUUUUUUUACAGCAAUAUCUGUUGAGAAAUUAAAAACAAAUUACCUAGAACAAUGCAAAAAGGUCAUUCUUGCAUUUUGGGAUAUUUAUAUGCACAUGAAAUGUGCCCUAUGGAAUGCAGGCCAUGAUUGAUGAUGACAUUUCAUGUCUUAUUAUAGCAUACCUAUCAGUAUACAUGUACAUGAGUAUUAAUGUUUUUUUGUUGAUAUUAUUGACCUUUUAAAGAUUUUGACAGUAACUUUAUUUGUCAGUUACAGUGUACAGUAUUGUUUGCAUUACCACACAUGUUCAAAAAGGUUCACAACUGACAAUUUAUGUCAUUACUGAGUCAAAUCUUAAUGUUACAUGUAUUCAAGUCCUGAACUUGUGCAUGUAGUCUGCAAAACUGCAGUGUACAUGUUUAGUGAGCAGAUGUAAUUUCAUGUAUGCAAAACACUGUUUGCUGUAAAGGAUUGUUAAAACACAUGGUAGAACUCAACAAUAUUGUUAACUACUGACCUUCUUUUCUUAGAUAUGAUGAUUAUGGCCCUCCCCCUGAACGUGGCUACCCGUCACGAGAUUAUGAUCGUGCAAGCUACAGUGAUCGUGAAAGGGAACGACCACCAAGUUAUGGAAAUGAUUAUUAUGGCAGCAGGUAUACGCACACUCUUGUUGUUUCGUGAAGUGUUUUACAUGUGCAGUUUGUAAGGAUGUUUGCCUACAGAAAGGUGAUAGUUUUUUAAAUCAAGCUUCCUUAGAGAGUUCUUUAUUGAUUUUUAUUCCUGUCCUAAAGUUCUCCUGGAGUGUCUGUAGCUAUUGUGUGUGUGUGGUGUUGUUUCUCCAGGUAUCCUCCCCCAGAGCGUGGUAGCGGUGGCAGUGCAGGAGGUAGUAGCUACUCCAGUAGUGACAGAGGGUAUGGACCACCCAUGGACAGAUAUGGAGGUUCAGAUCGCUACAGCAGUUCUGAUCGGGGAUAUUCUAGUGAUCGAGGCUAUGGUGACAGGUAACCAAACUUCUUCAUUUUGUCACCAAGAGUGAAUUCAUAUAAGCCGUUUCUUAUAUGCAAAUGAGGCGCACAAUAUUGUUAUGAGCCGCUUUUGUAUUCACUGGUAAUUUACCUUGGAAUGUACGGCACUUUUCCAAAAGAAAUGGGAGUUAUCUGAACCAAAAAUAUUCUGUACGAGGCAAAAGUAGUACUUUUUAAUAUACUUGCCUUUUUCUGAUUUUUGUGAUCUUUUCAGUUACCGGCCACAGCCGGACAAAAAUUGCGGCAUCAGUUGUUUGACAAUUUUCAGUUGGUGAGAAAAAAUACAGCGGUUGAGGACGUGCUUUUCCCGGUAUUUGAACAUUUGUCCGGGAGAAACACGGGUGAAACUCAGGCAUCCUGCGUAAAACCACAUGAUUCCAACUCUGUUUUAAUUAAGAAUUUGUAGCAGUGGUUUCUGUUUGGUGUGUGCCUUCUCCAUUGUUCUUCUUAUUAGCAUUUAGCGAUUUUUAUUAGCUUAUAAGAAAUGAGUUAUGCGAAUUCACUCUAAUAAGGGCCCGGCGGGGGCCAGGGAUUUCCCCUGGUUACUGUUAGCAUAACCCUGGCUACAGCUGUAUAUUCAUUGGAAACAAAAGGAAAAUACAUGUAGAACCAAGAAAACUUGCUAGCUGUUCAAAUCCCCACUUGCUACAUGUAAUUGCCCCAACCAGACAACUUGAAACCUAAGUGACUACUCUGCCAUUAGGCUUCAUUUUUAUUUAAAUUAUUUCCAUUGAUGCUUGAUGCUUCUUUGAUGCCGGUACAAAAUAGUUUCCUUUUCGGGUCGUGGAUAAUUUAUGCCCAAAAUUGCCGCUUCACUAAUUCUCUGCGUCGCACAGGAAGCGAGACGCGACUGGUGAUUUGCGUUUGAGCGGUACUCUAGCUCUUCUGGGAACUUAUUUCUUGUAAACCUUUUCUGCUUUUUCUUUAAAUGUAAUAUUAAAAAUGUGUUCCAGAUCAAAUUCAAAUUUUUUAUUGUAAAAGUUGGUUUUUUGGGGGAAGAGAAAAUCAUGAUACCCAGAGAAAAACCUCUUGUUUGUUUGUAAACAGAUAUGGUGGAGCCUCGGGAGGUGCAUCUGAUGAUCGUUACGCCCCAGAUCGAGGUAGCUAUGGUAGUGACCGCCAGGAGAGAGGUGGAUAUGAUUCAGGCAGCAGUGGUUAUAGCAGCAGUGACCGGAGCUACGGGGGACCAGACCGUGGGUAUGGUCCACCCCCUGAUAGGUAUGGCCCUCCACCGGACCGUGCUCGGCCUGCAGGAUAUGGAGCCCCUGCUGACAGGCCCUAUUCAUCUGGAUCUUACUCAGGAGGUAGGAACUUAUUUCGAAUGUAAAGGCUGGUAGAGAGAAGUUCCAUACAUGUAAAUUGCAUGUGUACGAGUCGCCACUGAAGCAUUCGUACAGUUUCAUAUGGCAUUGUUUAGUGCUCGUCCGAAAAUUGGUGCGUUGAAGAUCAAAUUUUUGGUGGUUUCAUACCAAUUUAUCUCCGCUCUAUCAACUCGAUCGUCUUGAAACAAUAUCUUUCGUUUCGGAAGCUUGCUUAAUAAAUUGACUUUGAAAUACGGUUCCUGUUCACCUGGUUAAUAACUGAUUGUUUGGAGGACAGUUAUGGCAAGUAACGAUUUAGAUAUACAAGUCUAGAAAUGGUAUCAAAUCGGUCUUCCGAAAAUUAGGCAAGACUCCUGCUGUGCAAAAGCGGAAUUUAUAAUAAACCGAUAAUUACGGCUAGCAAGUUUGAUCCAACACGAGAAAAAAGACGCUGACAAUUACAUCUACAUAAAACACUCUAGCAGCUAAAUAUUUCGAUGUCGUUGUGGCAUUACGACAAAUCGCCCUCGAGAAAAACCCAUGUAAACGUUCUAGCAACACCUCAUCUUGUCACAGUGAUAUGCAUACACUUGCAUUCAAACUCAACGAGCGUAUGGUGAAGAAAAAAUGUUGAAGUAAUCGGUUCACUAUAACUGGCUGCUGGUGUCAUAAGUUGGAGGAAAUUGAUAACAAGAGUGUUGCUGGAUUCCUUUUGGGGUUAGGGAUGGGUGUUGUGAUAUUAUUACAUGUAUUUUAGUGUUCUUUUCUUUCAGCAAAAAAGAAUUCCGUUUCGACCUUGCCACCAUCAUCUUAACUUCGAUUUGAGUUCUUGUUGUUUUCCAGUUUUCUAAUUGUUCCUGCAUUUCGUUUCAAGGCCGUGACUGGUGAUCCGACGCAGAAAUGUUCCGUACUUCGCCAAGGAUUAUUGCAGUUUUAACAAGUUCCUUUAUUGCCGGAGUCAUUAUUUUUACCAGUAAUUACUGUAACGUAUAUUUGCCAGAGCAUGCCAUAAGUCUGUCAUCGCCCGAUUCUUCCAUGAACUGAGUCUGAGUUGUCUUAAAGCUGAAUCGAAGCGAUAGUCGAUGCCCCUUCCACGAACAUUGUCAAUGGAUUGUAUUCGAUCUGUUUGUUCGGCGGCAGUACAGCCUGUACAUGUAGAUUAUCGAGUUCUAGAGCUUUGACAACAAGUUUGUGUUGUACAUCCAAAUGACAAUUUCUGCCAGUUUGAAAGGCGACAUUUUUAGAACUUUUUAUUUGUUUUCGUAGUCACUUGCAUGGCUCUUUUAUUUUUAGUAACUGCUAAUAAAGCGUUGUAUAUGUGCAAAAAUGAACUUCAAUUUUCGGUUAUUCCAAUAACUAUCGUAAACCUCGAACUUCGGUUCGUUUGUCAGUGAAAUAAGCACGUUUAGCUACGGAUAAACUGGAAGCUGCUUUCCCGCGUGUUUAGGCGCCUCAUUAUCGGCUUUUGCGAAUUUAGUCUGAAUUGAGUUGAUGUUAAUUUGUUCGGAUGUCAACAUCGUGUAUCUUCGUCACUUCGAUUUUCGAUUUGUCGAGUGUUCUGCUUCUCCGGUAGCUGUCACAGAAUACAAAUGUAUCAUACCUGACUCGUCUAUAUGUCCGUCGGUUUAUUUCGUAGUAAGAAGCGGUUACUUACAGUCUUAUCCGUAGCUAAAAAUUUGUUAUCCUUUUAUCACGCGGGAACACGGCCGCGGAGAAUGAUGAGUAUAACGUUCUCAAGAUAUUGACUGUUCAUUUGAUGAUCUCUCUUUCCCUUUUCCGGUCACAGUUUUGUCGACUUUCCAAAUCGCUCCCGCACUAAACCAUGGGUUUACACUUGAUCCCGUCAAACCCCGUUUGAACAAGGGUGGCGCAAGUCCAGAACUUUUACUGUAUUCUAUGUUUCGAUGGUUGUAACCAGUAGUCUAGGUAAACUAUCGUCCCUCGCUGCUAAUGCGGAAAUAUUAAGUUAACAAAUCGUAACGUUGUGAAUGAAAAGGAAUCGCCUCGAGGAGUCUAUAGUUGUUUAAAGGCUGAAUAUAAGAAAGAUUGAAUCUAAAAUGUCAGGAGGCAGAAUUGAUCUGAUUGUUGCCUUUACAGACCGAACCAAAUUAAAGAGAAAAAUUUUAAAUAACUUCCUAUCCCUUGCCUUACAAUUUGACGUUGUCUCAUUUCAUUUCGCCUCUUAAGUUUCACCACUAUGCGUAAAUCGUUAACCCGCCGCAGUAUAAUCGUUAAACGUAAAAGUAACAGCGUCAUAAAAUAAAACAUGAGAUGUAAAGGUAGUGUGCGAUACAAGAGAUCAACUCCUCGAUAAACCGCGCUAACUCUUCCUAUACCUGUGCGAUUUCGGUCAUCGGAGACCAAUGACCACUUAUGAGUGCGCGAAACCCCGCGCACUUUUCGCGCAAAGAGCGGCUACAGAUUUGUACUUUAACUUCGAUCGAGCAUUGUCUUGGAGGUUUAUGUGAUUCUUGUUACAUUAAUACACAAACAACUGCCCCGAUUGCGCAUCUCUGAUUACUUGUCCCGAAACCGUUGAUACUUUCAGUAUAAACGCCAUCACAUAAACGUCAAUUCGAGGACGGUUUCCUAGCAAAUCAUGCACUGCAAAAUCUAUAUGAGAUUUUCGCUUGGUUUCUCGGAAGCUAUCCGCGAAUUGAAUGCUUUUGUUAUGUAAGAAUACUAAUUACAAGUGAUGGAAGACUCACUUCAAGCAAUAUCAUUCUGACAGAGCUCUUUUCCGGGAGAUCAUCGUUUUAUCGUGAAAAUUGUGGCUAAACCAGUCUCUGACUACGUGCGUCAGUCUUUUUACCGUUACAAACCAAUUUACUUUAGGCACCCUCAUUAUACUAUAUAACGACAUUGCUCUUUCAGUCUUGACAACCGAAAAUAUUUAAUCCUAGUUUUGUUGAUUUCUCAGCGGCGUUUGAUACUGUGGCGCAUAAUUUAGUGUUAAAGAUUUGUCGACGUGUUUUGAAUCCAUUCACACCGAGAAUGCUGUCUCGCAUGGGGACUUUGUUUCCCGUGACAUGACAGGUACAGUAUCGUGUCCUUAACAGCGGCGUACCCAACGACUUCUCCGGACGAUCUCUGUUGGUUGGAAAGUAGUUUUCGUACACUGAUCAGUCACGGGUUCCAUGUUUGUGUUUGUUAGUGGUCGGUCUCGGGUCCUUUUCAUGGAGGCAAAGAGAAAAUACAUUAUGUGUAGCCUGUGAGAUUUUUCAGGAUGGAACCUCAUGUUCAGGGUGCAGAGGAGUUAAGUUUAUAUUUACUAUAUUUACCUCUUAUUUAUUUACCUCUUUAAAUUAAAUAUGCGUUCAAUUUACGAAAACAGUCCGCUGUCUCCAAUCCCAGUAUACUUGUUUGUGACAACUGUGCCCUCUGAAAAGCACUGACCGCUUAACAAUGUAACCAUGGAGCCAUGGAUUGCUUCGUGCUCCUUGCCUCGUACUUCGUGGCUAUCAAGGAAUGAGACUGAAAUCAAGGUCAAACGUAACUUUUCUGCUCCAUGGUGCUACCAUUUCAAAAUAAAUAAAUUUGUUUCUUACUUAGUAAUUUCACAAAGUGAAAUUGGAGACUUUUAUUGAAGCUUGCUUCUGAUCACUCAAAGGAGAAAGUUGUUCUGGAAGGAAAAGGGCUGGGUUGGUGAAACCCAGCGAGUAUGGUUUACGUUGGAUAGAGUUCGCCUUUAUUCUCGAGAUCAAAGUCCCGCAAGUUGUUGGCGGCACAUUUGAGACUCGCUUGAGACUCGCGAGUUGGUGAGUGUCUGGAAGGCAAAAAAGGCUGGGUUGGUGAAACCCAGGAAUUAUAGUUAACGUUGGAAAGAUUUCGCCUUUAUUCUCGAGAUCAGAGUCCCGCAAGUUGUCGACGACACAUUUGACUCACUCGCGUUGUUGGUUGAGUUGGUUAGUGACAGGUGACCCUGACGUAAAAUACGAAGUGCAUCAAUACGAAUGAGCCUGGAUUUCUUCAUUGUUGGCUUCAUCACCGUAAAUGACCUACUAAACACCGAGGGUGUCUAUUUAAUUUUAGGAGUGUUAAAUAGUUAAAAGGCGUUUAAAAGAGAGAGGCGUUUAUUCUCGUGACUUUAACAAGCUCAACAAAACUAAUAUGCUUUCGGUAAAAAGAGAGUUUGAAAAUAGCGGAAUAUUCACUCCAUCUAUUGAUACGUGAGUGAGUGUCUCGAAGGGAAAAAAGGCUGGGUUGGUGAUGGUACCCGCCGCCAGGUUAACUUAAUGGGAUUAGCGCCGGUCUGCUGAGCGGGAGGCCGUAGGUUCGAACCCUGGCCGGACCAACACUCAGGGUCUUUAAAUAACUGAGGAGAAAGUGGUGCCUUUGUAAUAACAUCUGCAAACGGUUAGACUUUCUUGUCCUCUCGGAUAAGGACGAUAAACCGUAGGCCCCGUCACACAAGCCCUUGCACAUGUAAUAAUUAAAUCUGUGGGACGUUAAAGAACCCACACACUCUUCGUAAAGAGUAGGGCACGUAGUGCCCGGUGUAGUGGUCUAUCUCACUUUCACAGUCCUGUAUGGGGGCAUCAUUAAACAUUCCUUCAUUACUUGUAAACUGCACCUUAAGCAGUCGGGCAAAGUCCCCCAACCAGUUUUAUAAAUUAUCCCUGAAAAGCCCUGAAGGGAGUGGAUAAUAAUUUACAGUCUAGGCCGUCUAGAGAUCCAUAUCGUCCCUUCAGAUCCUAACAUCGAUGUCAGUAUCCUCAUUCAGGGUCAUUGUGUUGCCAUCAUUAGUCUCUCCUUACUUUGAACAAGAUAAAAUACACAGAGCCUCGUUAAUAAGGCAAGAAACUGAAUGAAUCGAAUGAUUUUGCUCUCUUUUGCUAAUUCCCGGUAUUUUGGAGUAAUGCUCAUGGGGGGCGUUUAUUAGAGAGGGGCGUCUAAUAUAAUUUAAACAGAGUAGAGGGGUGUUUAGUAGAUAAGAGGCGUUUAUAUAGAAGUGGGUGUCUAUUAGGUCAUUUACAGUAUAUCUAGUGUACAUUGUGAUCUGUAAGUAUUAAAUGAAGUUUGGAGUAUGUUAGUUCAUAUCAAACUUUGGGAACCGGCCGAACUAGCACAUAAAUGCCGGAGGACACCAGUGUAAACGUGGACUUUUUCCCUCGAGUCACAAGCAAGCGAGUGCUUCAAAACUAUUCGAGCGUCGCUCAGGUGAAUCGCCAAGGUCUGUAUGUAUAACGUAGACAAAAUUGGGAGGAGGCGACGAACGCUGUCUGGGAAAAGAAGAGGGGCCUGGGUGGCGAAUCGCUAGUUUUAUUUUUCGCUUAAUUGUCGAAUGCGAGUGGCCGAGACGUUUGUGACAAAAUGCCACUUUCGCGGUCGUACCUUGAAGGAAGUUAUGGCGGGAAGUAAAAUUUGAAGGUGCUGGAACCUAGGCCUCGUUCACGCUUUCCUCUUUUGGAAACUAGUAAUAUUCUCCUGAUUUGUCUUCCGUCCACACGUGUCAUUCGAGUAACCGAAAACGCGACAACCUCUCAAAACCGCUCUCUAGAUUGGACACUUGAAAACGUCAUUUUCCUGUCCUUAACGGUGAUCUUGGAAAACAUGAAAUGUUGGUAUUUAUUUUCGUGCAGGAUAGCAAUAUCUGCAAUGUUUAAGCUGACUAUUUCCGAUGGAGGGUUGUCACAAUAAUGAGGCCUUCCUUUAACACCCCAACCUCGCCAUAUGAUAAAACCAUAUGGAACUUCCGAAGGUAGGGUAACCUUAAUACAAAUCCAGCAGGGUAUCCCUGGUCCUCUUUAAGAGGUUCACUUUUUUUACAGAACACUUGAUCAGGAGUACAUGUAGUAAGGCCUAACAGGCGAGUAACACGGAAGAACUCGGAUGUUGUGGGUUAGACUGCGGGGACCGCGGAGAGGGUGGGGAGCCCGUCACUUUUUGAGAUGUUAGGAGAAAAAGAGUUUUAACAUCUGUCUUAAGCCUUUCAACCUUUUUCUGAUUUUUUACUCCCUUUAUUUGACACUUAACAGCCCUCACAAUUUGGGCCAUUAUUGCUGAAACGAUGUCGGUUAGAUUUCAGAUUUUCUACGUUAAAAUAUUGGUGUUCACAUCUUCUGCAUCAAAGGGAGAGAUUGUUGAGAAAACUUCUUUUAAAAAUUUACGUAGCCCUGUGUUUUAGGUCUAAGCGAACAAUUACUGAAGCUGAGUCAGAAGAUCAAACAAGCGAGCUUGACUCGUCCCCAGCCAUCUUUCAACCUCAAGAGAAGCGCGGCUCCCUUCGGUCACGCUUCUCCCGUUUCGCCCCCAGCCUGUUGGAAGUUAUUUAACCGCCAGGGCCUUGGCUUACUCUAUCCUGUCUAAAUAUUUUGAGACUGGAAGAAGUUUAUCUUUCUAGCUUCAAGGAGCGCAAGCUUAGUUUCCGACUAAUUUCUCAAGCCUUAUCGGCAACAUAAUAAAUUAGUGCAUUGCUAUUAUUAAAGUCUAAUAGUUUUGUCUUGUUUCGUAUACAUUUUUCGCCAUUUCGUGGGAGUACCAGCCCGGCCCGGCCUCCCCUUUCCUUCCCCUCUCAGCCCUGUUCUGCGGUCCUUGGACAAGACGUAAAAAAGCUUGGCGGUGGAAGUCACUGUCCGCUUACACAGAGGAACUGGGGAGAAUUUGAUUCAAGGCCAACUCGGAUUUUAAAAAAACAUCCGUCUUCAACUAGAAACAUAAUGAGAUAUGUGUGGACCGACAAAAACAAUGAAUGCAUCGUUUGAAUGAGAAGUUUGUGAAAACGGAUUUGUUUGGACCGGGCCUUAAGAGCUUCAAAUGAUUUCUGUUGUUGGCAUCGUCACCUCUUUUUCAGUGAGGUUCCACUGUGAGAAUUAAGAAAAUUGUCAAAGUGUCGGAAUUUUGAGAACAGCUGUUUAAAAACAAGGCUCUUGUUUCAGGUAAUUUAUCGUUGCGUAAAAAUAAUAGUUUAAGUCCAUCAGAAAGUCUUGUUAAAGCAGGGAGGAAAGGCGGCUUCAGGUUGACGUCAGUGACGUACUUUAUUGGUACUCAAUUUCGCGUUGUUCGCGAUUGUAAAGAGCUCGCGAAAUCAAAGACCCGUGAAUUUAAAUGUUGUAGAAAAUUCAUAACACAAAAAAGAUUUAUUAACCUGUAAUAGCAACAACAUAUACAGGACAAGUGUGGACAAAUACACAAAUUGUGAACUGGUUUUACUGCAACGUUUCCUUUUGUAUCUUCAGUAAUUUUUGUGAAAAAACGUCAAUUUGACACAUUGCUUGUUCCGGUUUAUCAAGAAAUUUUUAAUGAGUUCAGACUAAAAUGAAGUCGAGAUCGCGAAAUAUAGUGUCCUUUUUUCAUAUUUGGCUGUUGAAAUCGCGAAAACAAAACCCCGCCAAAUAUUGUCUCACAAAAAUCGUGAAAUGAAAUACAAGAAGUGCAAGAAAUAAGGAUGAAAAAAAGGGAAAAGAGGAGUAUCACCCCCUUUACGGCGUUUGAGGUCUAGCGGACGUUCCUUGCUCAUUACUGGAACAUUCUGUCCGGUUGUAUACACUUAUCAAGGCUUUGACCAGAUGACUUCUCCUACAUCCAGACACCGAGACGGAAAUUCGGUUUAUCCGAGUGUUUUUAGGCGAUAUCAGUUUUAAAGCGAUUUUGAGGUGUUUUGGAUAUUGGAUGAUGAAACGCUCGUCCCGGUGUUUGGCAUAGCUUCGUGACCGAAUAUUAAAUAACGAAUACUGAGUUCGCAACCUCCAAGUAACAGAUAGAGCCCGGAUGUAUGCCUCUCCCCGGCGCACCCAAUCAUUGAUCAAGAAGCAAAAACACUCUGACCGAUCACGUAACUAUGCUUUAGAACCGAAGCAUGGCCCCGCAAAGCGUCUGUUUAGAUCAGACGAGUGAACGUUAUGGAGUAAUAACCGCCUCGUUACUUACUUCCCUAGGCUAAACUUAGACUGGAAGCCCAGUCCCACUUUGAGCAGAGAAGUGUUUCUGUUCAAGUUGUUCCUGUUUGUUCGGCCAGUAUUGUCGUGCUCAAAUUUUAGCACGGUUUCUUCCUGUGCUAGUGUUUAUCUCUAAGUUCGACUUUGUUUCUAAAGAAAGGGAAAUUAAAAUGUUUGAUAGCAGGUUAUGUUUGUCUAGAAGCGUUAACAACAAUUGGGAAGUAAAAGAGACAUCAACUCCUUCUCAUUUGGCUCAGUAGUGCACCUGCUGCUGCUGAUCCAAAGAAACAAAGUUAUGGAAGGUCUGACUGCUGACAGCCAUUGCAAACACGAACUCACACUCGUCUCGAGGUGACACUCUACAAGACCUUCUCCCGUCGCUGGAGUCAUAACUAAACUAAAACAAUAGGAUUUAUCACAAUACGUACGCAGUACAAGCACACGCAAUUUGUAGAUAAAAUAUUUUUAAUGGAUGUGCUCCUUAUAUAUUAAAUUAAAAGAGUAUUGUGUCAAUUGGAUCCUGAUUGAACUUGUAUAGAAAUUUUUUUCCCGUAAAACAACGCUUUCUUGAGUCAAGAGUUGUCCAGAAGUUUGUCAUUUUCUUUCGCCAGUCCAUUUUACGUCGUCCUCAUAUAUUUGCAUUGAAACUGGGAUAUGAGUCACAAAAAUGUGGUCAGUCUUCGUUUACCGAAGAACCGCCAAGAUUCAGUAUAAUUGACCGUCAUUCGGUGGUCCCUCAACUUUGCUAUUCAUUUUCGAAUACCUGUUAUUUGAAUAACGUCGUUGUUUAGUUCAAAAUUGUCUGCUGUACAUCAUUAGUUAAUAAUUAAGCAGCUGGGGCAGCUGAACAGCUGGGCUUUACAAUUCCAAACGUUAAGAGCCUGUAAUCUAUACGCGGUUGCCUAGGAAACUGCCAGUAAUGGUACCCUAAUAAGACUCGAAGUAGGCGCCAAUAGACACAUUUAUGAGAUAUGACUCGCUCAGUGACCCCAAGGAAUCGUUAUACUCAAGCUCAGUGAAAGAACUUACUAAGUAAUCCAAUCGAUAGCGACACUAAUUGGAUUUUGCGAGAUAACUGACAAACUGUGUCAAGUGCUCUUCUUACGGACACCUCUCUGCUACACACGGAAGACCUUUUAUACAGCUCCUGCCUUUGUAAUAGGGCAAUUUAAGCAAGCAAGACGGCGACAGAAACGGCCGGACGUCAUUUUUAAAGCGCAUUCGCGCUCUUUCAAAAUUUAUGGUGGUUAUUUCGACUGGCUCAAUUCGUCAAUUGAAGGCGCGUUUUCCUGGAGUUCAAUUUUUAGAGAGCACAUCAAAGUUUUAAAAUAGAAUGUAAAAGUUGUCGUUGAGUGUCUACGUCCUCUAUAAUACAUAGUUGCAACGGUUCACGUUGUAGUUAUGCAGUGAGGGUGAGUCGCCCUCUUCGUUGCUUGAACUUCCUAAAACAAAGACAUCUGUAUCAUAUACUUGUUAUUUCUCCCUUGAGCUGUAUUUCUAUUCUUUUCUCACUUUUUUUUUUCUAUUUUCGUAACUUUCUUUGCGCUGGAAACUGAAAAUGUUUAUUAGAGAUUUUCGACACCUGACCGCUCUCCUAUACAGGGCCACUGUAAGUCGUAGAAAUGUUUUUGAAUGAUGAGUGAAUCACCUACGAACAAGCAGUUCUAUACCUUAAAUACAUUGACUGUGAAUUCAUUACGAAUUUAGAGACGAUUUUGUCGUAGUCACCCGCUCCCCCCUCAAGGAAAAAAUACAUUAGUUUGUCCACUUGUCAAGAAUCUCGUAAGAUAUUAAAUGAUAUAUUUUCACAUUUUGUUAAAAGUGGGUAUAUCUCUACUGUAAGCCAAGCGUUUGGAAGAUACUGAGCCAUUCGUCAGUUCCGUACUCAGCAGUUUGAUCAGUGAUUUUAUUCGUGACAAAAUUGCAGUACAUAAAGGCUUAAUAUGAACAAGUCAUUGCUACGUCUUACGACAUGUCGGCCUCAGAUACUUUCUCUUGUUAACCUGAGUAUCAAUAUCAGUUUAACCAGUCUAAAGUGACCGCAUUUUGUCCGCCGUUUUUUUUUUUCAUAGUCUUAUUGGUUUGCUCUUCCCAUUGGUGUAGAUGAGGGAGCAGGGCCAGACCCGUGUCCCGUGCAAUGCUUCUAUUACGGUGCAGCAAGCAAGUGAAUUCUCCUAAAGAAACUAUUCUUACUUGCUUUUUUUUAAAAUGUAGCAACAAAAGGAGAAGGCCAUUUUAGUGAUAAAAGGUGUAGUCUUUCUCUGCAUAACCAAAGGCGCCUUGCCCGUGCCGAACAUUGAACGAUAUUUUGGGGUUUGGUUCAUGAAAUUUUGUCUUUGUGCAUUAUAACGCUAAGAUCUUUAAACAACACUGUUAGCUUUAUCAUGAUUAUUCGUUUUAAAAUUUAAAACCUGGUCCUUGGAUCCCCAACGUGUUAAUUACUCUUGCGGUGUCAUUUUUAGUAUUUUUUCCGAGGCAGGGAAGCAUUCGAAGUGUUACAUACUUGUAGCCUUUAUCUUUAUUACUAUGUCAUACGCCCCUGACUUAUUUUGUCGUGAAAUUCCUGAUCGUCAAAUAAAGCAGAGUACCCGCUUGAAAUAUCAUUCACAUGACUCGAGUUUACAACCAAGUAUAAUCAUAUUAAACGCAUGAAAUCGAGAGACUUGACAUUACUGUUCAACAAUUUUGCACAUUUUGUACUCAGUUUAUGUGAAACAUGUAAAAAAAAUGGGAAAGCCUGUUUAGCCGAGGUUUUGCGCAAUAUCAAGUUUGUAGAAUAUUUUUCUUUUUUACAUCGUGCAAGUUGAAUCAAGCAGAAUUGAACAAUGUCUUUCCUAUUCUUUUUCCAAAUAUUUUCUGUUUGUGGAUUGCUAUUCUAAAAUAUCCAUCCAGCAAAGACAUCCUAAAAAAUGUAACGUAUUAAAAUUUUGUAAUUGAGAAAACCAAUUUGCGAGUCACUUAAAUAGCAUGUGCAGCCGUGGCUGAAAUAUGUUAAUCCCUUGCGCCACGUAUUUUAUUGAGUUAAAGAUAUUGCUUUAAAAUUACUUUAGUUUGUGACGAGAGAGGAGCUUCUUUUCUCGGUUACAAGAUUAGUUUUGCUUGCGUGGGAACUUUCCAUUGGUAUUGUUUUACAAAUGUAGUGUGUUUGCAAAGACUUUUGUUUCGAGCGGGUGUGUAAAACAAUGCCAGGGAACAAAACACACUUUUCACACAAAGACAAACACGUGCUCCAGAAUAUGGCCUUGUAAUGUUUUAUUUACAUUUUGCUUUAUACCGACAACAAUGGUCCCGUUGAAGAAUCAUGUAUCACGGCGCUUCGAAGCAGUAGAUCAUUCCAAAAGUCGAUUGUUUAUUUUUUACAGCCAAUUAGCUCAAGUCGUUCUCACGACCCCGGGCUUAAGCUCUUCCGAGUACCCCUUACGUCAAAGUAAAGUAAAAUAAAAAGUGGUUAAAAUGAUCCUAAUAAUAUCGACUUCAUACGCUAUGGCUUGGUGAAAAGUAUCACUAAUUUGUCAAGUAGACUUCAAGUCUCGGGCGUUAAAUGGCGUUAAUGUGAUAUAAUUGUCAUGAAAUAUUGCUUUGAUUGCACGAGAGUACCGUUUUUUCUUUUCUUGGCGCGAGUAGAGGUGAAUGCGCGAGUCUUCUGUUUUAACCUUAUUAGCAUAGCGCGUGCAGGGAACGCUUUGUUUUUGAGUGCCGAGUGACCAAUCACAUUGCUUCGUUCUCACGCUAUCAGUCUCAGCUGCCAGUGAAAGCCAAAAUACCAUUCAUCUGACAAAAAUGCAGGCUCUUUAAAAACAAAAUACGAUGUUAAUAAGCUGGGUUUGGGAACUCGGAGCAAGAGAUUUUCCCACGGCUGGGAAAGUAAAUAAAAACGCUGUGCUCAACCCAACUCGCGUUCAUUUGUCACUUUCUUCGGUAGUAGAAGGAUAGGGCCGACAUUGUUCCCUAAUUUUUUGUUUCUAAAAUUAAGACGAUCAAACCAAAUACCCAUGGUUCAGGAAUCUUCCAAGUUGGAGAAAGAGAAUGAUUCGGAAAGUCGAAAGGUAAAAUCUCUCUUCUCCCAUUUGUAAAAGUAUUUGCAAUCUUCGAUCCCUUGAACCAGACUUUCAAAAAUUUUAACUUGAAAAAAAAUGUAUUUUUUUUAAUACUUUGUGGUUAAACAAUAUUAUUUAAUGAAAGUUAUCUUAGUAUCUUGGAAAGAGCGUGCUGAUCAUAAUGUCGACUGCUCAACUUAUGAGCUGUUCUGUUUCGAAUGUCAUUUAAUUGAGAUGAAUUAAUAUCCCGGCCAUCUUUCUUGUUUUUUUUUUCUGUAGUGGUCUAAGCCAAUUAUGGAGAAAAGAAGGCGUGAGCGAAUCAACCGAAGCCUUGAAGAACUUAAAAGACUUGUUCUAGAAGCGCAGAACAGAGAUGUAAGUCUGCUGUGUCAGCAGCAAAACAUUGAUACAUGUUCAAUACAGUUGACAUCCGUAUUUUUUAAUUUAAAACUUUUUGUUUUGUCCAGAUACAAGUUUAUGAACUCGUUAAAGUUACUCGUUCUAUCCAACUUUAUGCAUGAAUGGGUCUGCUUUGAUCUUUGUCUUGUCUGUGAAUGAAACGGGUUUAUUUUCACGGAUGCCUAGUAUAGGUGUCGCGAAUUUCUCUCUAAUCGAGAAAGUUUGAACAGUUUUUAAUGUCACAUCUGUCUCGUUGCGAAAGCCGAUCGUGACAUACUGCCGCGAAUCACUGAUUCGAUUAGACAUUUUACAGUUUUUGCAAUAUGGUCUUGUGAUUAUAUCUCUUUCCCACGUCAGUGUUAAAUACUACUUCAGCCACUUUCGUGUGAAUGUUCACAAUUUUGAAUUUCUUUUGCCCAUGGUUUGUCAGUUAACCAUAGCUAGUUAACUGCAUUGGUUACGUGACUGUUAUGUUUGUCUCCACUACGGGAAGUAUUAACGUUCCUUAUUGUAAUCGCAUUUGUAGAGUUCAAGAUACACAAAGCUUGAAAAGGCCGAUAUCUUAGAAAUGACAGUUCGCCAUCUACGUAGCUUGAGGCAUCACCAGCGAGGUAAGACAUAAGUACCAAUAACUUUAUAAUGAUGACUUAAUGAAUCAGUCUGAAUCUUGAGGUGGUAUAUUUAAUUUAAUUACUUAACCGCGAGAAGGGAAUAAAAAGGCAGGUUCUUUUACUUUGUGGCGGAUCUCCGGUAUUGGCAGGUGCUUGGCGGGCGGAACAUCUGCGGCAAAAGCUUUCUUUAAUUCUCUAAUCAACGGACUAUUAGCGUUGAACCUGCAAAAAAGAGAAACUUACCGCUUAAUUACGUUAAUAGCUUGGGGCGGCAUUUGCACCGCCCUGGCCACGCUUGGUCAUGAAAGAAGAAAAAAGUUCUUAGAGAAUACUAGUGGCAAGAACAAGAUGUGAUGAAAAAAAUAUUGAGGCAUUUGUAAUGUUCAAGUAUCUUUUGUAGCGUAUUCAGUGUGCAUUAGUAGAAUGAGAUCUUCAAUUGGCUGCUUAAUUUGAUUCCCUUUAGGCAAUUUGUAAUUUUUUCUUAUCGAAAUUGUUCAAUAAAUCUAUAACCGCUUGUUUGCAAAACUUUUCACUCCAUUAUCGAUUGUUGUGAUUAAAUUCACUUCCGCUUCUUAUGUCUAAAAGUAGAUUUGCAGGGGGGCAGUCUUUUGGGCUUAAAAUUCUAAGAAAUUGCAAUGUUAAACGAAGUUUUCACGUUUCAAACCUAUUGUCUUGUGGAUAACGUUAUCGUUAAUCGGCAAAAAUAACCAGCAACGGGAACAGAAUGAGAUGAUAUAAAUGUCUCAAUAGUUUCGAUUAACAAGAAAAAAGUUCUUUGAAAGUUUGCUUUUUCUAUUAAAAGGAAAAACAAAUUAAUUGCAAAAACAUGAACUAAAUUUAGUGAACUUUAUUUCAAAAUCAGUUUCCCUUCUUGUUCUUGGUAAAUUGGAUUUAUUCUUUUUUCUGCACUUAGCCUUUUAGUAUGACAACUUAAGGGAACCGUUGAGCCACACGUGUGAAGUUUUUUAUACAUAAGUAUUUAAUAUUUGGUUGAAAGAAACUGUGUCACGAAAAUUAGCCAAAUUCAGUAACUGGCAACCAAGCGAAAUAUAAAAUCAUAAAUCAUAUAAAAGCUAAAAUCAUUUAAGGAUGUUGUACAUAACUCAGCAGAUACAAAAAAAAAAGACACGGUUGGGAAAAAUUAAAGAAGAUAAAACGGAUUGCCGUUGAGUUUUUCGAAAACUGGUUUUCAAAGUUCAUCCUUGCUGUUUGUAAUUUAUAAUAUAACCCUCGAAAGACAUGAUUGUUACGAAGCUUUGAUUUUGUAAUUUACAAGUAAUUUCAUUGUAAGCCUACGUUAAAUUCCCGGCCAGCUAAUGAAAAAGUGAUGGACAAUACCAAACAAAGUAGACUGCGUUAAGCCAAUUAAUCUACGAUAACGGCCGUUUAAUGAACUCUUUCAGUUUCACUAGUCACAGUAGAAUAAGAACGAGUUAGUGGGGAAUUAUGUUGGCUUGAGCUUUCUCCGAAAAUUAACUGUUGUUGCUCUUUUUUUUCACACAGUGUUGGCUUCGUCAGACCCGCACUUACUGCUGAAGUAUCGCGCGGGAUUCAGCGCUUGUGUAGCGGAAGUGUCAGAGAGUGUGGUCAGAGACGAUCGUUUGGCACCUGACCUAAAGGUGCAAAUCUUGUCUCAGCUUGCCAGCUGCCCCAGCUCACCAAGAGUAACAAACGAUAUUCCGAUACAUCCAUCGCUGACAGGAAUCCCAGCAUCUAUCAAGUUCGAGGCCUCUGGGGAUCUCGCUGUGAAAGAACCACGACAGAUAUUCCUUAGAGAGCCCCUAGAAUCCGGCUCUUCGUCAACUCGGGCCACUAUCUCGCCAUAUGUGGUUCAAAGACACCGGAUACUUCCUUCGACUGGGACCAUUCCAAUGCAAUAUCUGCCGGUAUUAAGCACCGAUUCUGGGAGCUCCACAGGGGUACACCGUGCUUUGGUCCCAAGUAGGACUUCAUCGGGUUUACACCUAACGGACCCCCUCUGGCGACCGUGGUGAUAAGUAUGGCAGAGGUAUUGGAUAACUUUUGCCGGGGCAACAGAGUAUUAGUAGGACAAGAUUUUGUUCAAAUUGUUUAAUGUUACUUCCAACACUUGUAAAAUAAGUUUAAAUAGAUUGUUUUAAUACUAAUAUUAUAUAUUUGCUGGAGAC